AUGAGCCCUGAGACCCAGCCCCAGCGCGUGAUAAGUGUUACCCUACCCGGCCACCAUCUCCGCAAAUACGCCCAGCUCCUGCUGAACCUACAUCUGCGCCUGAACCCUUCAGCAUCAAACCCACGCCUCGGUUCUGACAAUGCUAGUUCUGACAAUGCGAAUGAUGAAACAGUUCGCAUCGUCUGCGUCUCAGACACGCACAACAACAAGCCUAAUCUCCCGCCAGGCGAUGUGUUAAUCCACGCAGGCGAUCUCACAGAGAACGGCUCAUUUGAUGAACUCCAGGCGCAACUGAACUGGCUGUCGGCCCAGCCGCAUGCGCACAAGAUUGUUGUGGCAGGGAACCAUGAUGUGCUUCUUGACGAGGGAUUCUUGGAGAAGUACCCCGAGCGGAGGUAUGGGGAUGUCAGAACGAGGAAGGAUUUGGAGUGGGGGGGCUUGGUUUAUCUGGAAGAUGAGAGUGUUACUUUGAAUUUCCCGCGCCAGAACCAGAGAGGGCGAUACGGGCAGGAGGAUGACGAUAGGCAUGGAGCCCAGGCUGCCCAGCAUGCGCAUGCGCAUGAGAACAAUCCCAACCAACGCCAACCCGAGCUCCAAACGCAGAGCGAGAGCGAGCGCCCAGAGAAGACCAGAGGCCUAAAAAUCUACGGCUCCCCACAAACCCCUCAAUACGGCAUCUCGGCAUUUCAGUACCCUUCCUCGUCGGCUGAAGAGGUAUGGUCCAACCGCAUCCCAGACGAUGCAGACAUCGUGGUUGUCCAUGGUCCCCCACGCCUUCACCUCGAUAGUUUUGACCCCAACGGCCUACGGCGUUCAGGCUGCGCACAUCUGAACCAAGAGAUUCACCGUGUCCGGCCGCGUCUCGUGGUCUUUGGGCAUAUCCAUGUUGGGCAUGGGAGGGAGGACGUUUUGCUUGACGGCGUGAGGCAAGGGCAUGAGAAGGUUAUGAACCGGUUGGGUGGAUGGGGAGUCAUACUGGGGACGGUUUGGGCUGUGAUUCUGGGUUAUCUGAAAAGGGUCCUCGGUGUCAGACUUGGUGAGCAGAGGGUAACCACGUUUGUUAAUGCGGCUGUUGUGGGUGGGGGGUUGAAGAAUGAGUUGAGGAAUGAGGCUGUUAUUGUGGACAUAUAA